CUGAUCUCUGAGUCUUACCCGUGUAUCAAGACCAUCCAUUCACGCAGGGAAGAAAAAUGGGCGCCUUUAAGGGCUGCAAAGCGGCCUACUGGUCCGUGGCCGUGCUGGCCAUCCUGAAAUGGUUCUUCCUCCGAGCCAUCACCCUCGUCAACCUCUCUCCAGCUGCAGCAGAUAGCCAUCUGGACCAGCCCCUGUUGCUCACAUUCCUCACCUUCCUUCCCACGACCGCCCUGUCCACCGUGCUCGUCGUGUGGCUCCUGUGGUGGUGGUGGUGGUGUGCGCCGCUGGAGGAGGGCGACAGACCCAGACCACCCCAGGGCCCCCCGGUGGCCUCGGCCGCCUCGGCAACCAUGGUGGCCUCUGCGGCCGGCGUCCCGCCCGGCACGCCAGAGAUCGCUAUCGUCGAGAGGGGGCUGCUCUCAUCACCGAUGGCACACGGAGCGAGGCUCUCCCUCGCUGAGGCGGUGUGCCGGAUGCUGUGGCUGGGGUUCAUGCCGGCGGUGCUGGACGCCCUCGCCACGGUCAUGCUGCUAUACGCCUUUGUCCGCCUUCCCAAUGGGCUGUUCUCUCUGCUGCGGUCCUCCCUCCUCGUGUUUGUGCCCAUCUGCUGCCAGUGUGUGCUGCACGCCGGCGUGCUGACGCGGAUGCAGCAUGUGGGGGGCUGGGUCGUUGCCGCGGGGCUUGCUCUUGCGGCGUAUACGGCGGUGUUUGAGCAGCCGGCCACUGCUGGUGCUGGUGUGGGUGUGGUGUUGGCUUUGGCGGCGGGGUUGAUGCAGGCGGUGCAUGUGGUGUGGGAGGCGGUGUGCUAUGAACAGCUUCUCGACCCGAACGAGGCGGAAGGUCUCAGAUCGGUAGGUUGCGUGGUGAUGUGCGCGGCGGUUUUGUGGGCAUGGAUGGCUGGAUGUGUGUGUGUGUGUGUGUGUGUGUGCAGGUGGUGUUUGUGUGUCUCGAGGGGUUUUGGAGCAUGGGCAUGGUGGUCGUCGUCAUGUUUGUCGUCCCCCUGCACACCAGGGUCGACUUGUGGCACACAGCCGUCCUGGUACACACACACACACACACACACACACAUGAAGGAGGACAAGGGGGAGGGGCUGCAUCGCAUCGGCCGUCUGUCAGAGUUUGUUCUGCGUGUGUCGUGUCGUUGUGUGCAGGGAUUUCACAACGAGGCCCUCCUGCUGUGUGCGGGCGGAUUCACUCUACUGGCGGCGAUGCACCUCUACAGUGAGGGAGACGGAGAGAGCACACAGACAGACCAGACAGACGGAGAGGCCGUCUCUUUCUCAUGCUAUGCCGUCUCUGUUCCCUCUGUCAGCCGUUUUUUGCUGCUAUGACCAAGCAGCUGGCCACAGAUGCCUUGCGGAACUCCUGACAACACUCGCCAUGUGCGCCUGCCUUUGUAUGCCGACACGCAUCUAUGUCUCUGUGUGUCUGUCUGUCUCUCUCUGUGUGUGUGCAGGUAUGGGUUGGACGAGCUGCUGUGGCGCUAUUAUGGGUAUGAGGGGUACGGCCCCAUCUUUGUCCACUCCGUCGAUAUGGCCUUCAAGAUCGUGGGCGUCGGCCUCGUCACAGCUGGCAAGAACACCAGACCACAUCACUGCGCGGCGAAUGUGGUGCUGUUGUCCAUCUCUCUCUGUCUCUGUGUGUGUCUGUGUGUGUCUGUGGUUGUGCUGGCUAGGUACAAUGUUGUACGCCGAGUGCGCGUCGAUUCGGGACUGCUGCCCGCUGACCCUCCCCCCUCCCCGACCAGCCCCGCUACACAUCCCCGACAACCACAUGUUCGCUCCCAACGCCCCGCCCCCCUGCACAGCCAAGUACAUGCCCCGCCAUCCCCUCAUCCCCCCUCUACUCAAACAACCGAAGACCACCCACCACGGUGCACACAAGGGGGCCCCUCAUCGGCCCUCUGCGACGCCUGGAGCCGCCCAGCAGCAGCAGUGGCAGUGGCAGCGAGGAGGCGCUCGCGAGAGUGGGGCAGCAGCUGCAGAGGCCUGUGCGGAACCUGAUCCGCUUUCUGAGGGACGGACAUCCCCCCGAGAGCAUGACGCGCGCCACGAGCCUGCAAGAGCCGAUUCUUCCUCGUGGUGGGGGUGAGGACCAUGACCAUGAUCAGGGGCGAGAGAUAUAUGAGGCGCUGGCGGGAGAGCUGCGAGGCCCUGAUGGGGGGAGUGGAAACGGAGACGCUGUCACGCCGCGGACGGCUGAUGCGGUGCUGGAGCGUCCUCAUGGGCAGUGGCGGCCACAUGUGCCGGUGACGUAUGUGGCCAAUACGUAUGCCAACACACCGAGGGCUGGCACUGGCCACCACAGUGGCACCCAGCAGUGAGUGAAUGAUACCUGG